AUGGCCGCCGCGGUGCAGCGUAAGCUGGUGCAGCGGGUUUCUGAAACUGUCGUCACGUGCGAGGCUGACACCGUGGAAGCCCAAGAGCUAAGAGACGAAACUUGGCUGUUGCGUGUCGCUUCAAGCAACUUUGAGCGCUUCGCAGGUAUCGCAGAAAGCAAUAUCUAUCCCAGCAGGAGGUCUUUGACUUGGGGCAGCCUCUGCUCGGGCUCUGAGGGCGCUGCUUUCGUCAUGCGUGCGAUCAGUGCCGCCUUGCGUGAGUCGCGUCAGCCUCUAUUGGAGCAGGCACUUUUGCAACAACAGUUUCUGGCAGGUCGCAGACCGGGCAAGGCAGCAACAGCAGCAACGCAAGGUGGUGCACCGGGUGAACCAGAAGCAGCAGCUGGCUCCGCGCGGGAGGAUCACAAGGACGCAGAUGGCAAUGUUGACGCUGCCGCUCAAUUUGUGGACCAGUUGGCUGCUGCAGAAGACUCGGAAGAAGAUUCAGAUUCAGCUGCAGCAAGCAGCGAGAAAGACGAGAAACCCUGCCAGAAGGAUGUGGCAGACAUGCCAUGCUUGUUCACGGAUAUUUGUGACAUGGCAAAUGAUAUGGCAACCUGCAGCUGUCACGGUAGCAAAUGCUUUACACCAUCCGUAGACAUUCUAGUCGUAGGAACCAGCUGCAAGGACCUUUCCAAAGCAAACCCGAACAAGCGCAAAGAUUCGGAGCAGGCUACCUUCACCCAGGCGCAUUCACGCGGAGGGUCUGCACAAACAUACCACGGGUUGGUUGCUUAUCUUCGCAAGAAGAGACCACCGCUGGUGGUGUUCGAGAACGUCGACACCUUGGACGAGGGCUCGCAGAGCGGGAUGUCCAAUCAGCACAUCUUGAUGGAGCAGCUGGGGCAGCUGGGUUACGAGGGACAAGCGACCAUUUGUGAAGCAUCGAAGUUUGGUUUGAGUUUCCGGCGGAGGCGAUGCUACAUUUUCUUUGUCCAGGUUGCAGCAAAUCCCUUGAUCGAUUUCAACAUCAGGUCUGCGCAGACAUGCUUUCAGCAGUUCCGGCAGUUUUCUUCCAGCUGCAUGCGUGAGGGCCCUUCCCUGGAGACCCAGCUUCUCGCUCCGGAUCACCCAGCUGUGCUCGCAGAGCUGCAGUCGCGCGAGGACAAGAAAAAAGCGGAGGAUCCCACGCCUGGGGCGGCGUCCAGUGCUCAAUGGCCUGAGCAGCACAUGAAGUUUGCGGCGGAGCGAGGUGUGCUGUGGUGCCAAAAGGCUCCAGAGCAUCUGCGCAAUAACGCUUGGUAUCACACGCUUACCUCUCGUGAAAAGAAUGCUUUGCCUUUGCUGCAGCACCAGCACAGCUCCGAAUCCGCGAUGAUCAGGGAUUUGUCCCAGAGCAUCUACAGGGCCAACAGUGUCACGCGUGUGGAACAGAGGCAUGUGGGCCCCACACUUCUCAGUCGACAAACUCUUUGGGCCGAGCCGAGGUUGUUUGGACGCGAAGCGAGAGUGCUACUGGGGCGGGAGGCCUUGCGCUUCCAGGGGUUCCCUGUCAUGUGCUUCCUGGAAGAGUUGGCAGUGUGGAAAGAGCAGCAAGAGUCAGAGCGCAGCAAAGGGACGCUGUCCGGGAACAACGCUGCGAACAGGACGCGGUCCGGGUCGCAGGAGACGCUGCCAGCGGGGUUUCCAAGCGAAAACCUCAUGUGGGAUCUCGCGGGCAAUGGAAUGUCGCUUCCUGUGUUGAUGGGAGUCGUUCAAUCUGCAAUCAGCUGUCUGCCAUGGAGGACUAGUGAAGCUCAGAUGCGUUUGGCACAGCAGGACGAUGUCCGGGUUGCGUGCGAAGCGGUAGCGUUGCUCGAUAGCGACGUGCAGGUAGCUGCGAAGACGGCAGAAGCCCCGUCCGGACUUUUGAAGCGGAGACGCUUGCAGAAGUGA